UUAUUUCAUUUAACGUAGUAUAAAAUACUACGAGUUUGGCUACGUUAGAGUUUUUAUUAAUGCCAAUCCGAAGGCGAUUGUGAAAUGAAGUUCAUUUGUUUGUGGCUCGUAUUAUUCGUGCAGUUGUCAGAGUUUCUGACGACAGGAUGCUAUGAAAGUGAAUUUCGUUGCGAAUCUAGUGACGCAUGUAUCGAAUCUCAGCAGCGUUGUGAUUCUGUGAAGGACUGCGAGGAUGGAUCUGACGAAUCAGACUGUGAAACUGCAUUUACCCUGCUGAUCAUCACUGAUCAGCAAAACGAGUUUCAAUGCGACAAUGGCGACCGCAUUUCGCUGCAUCGCGUGUGCGACGGUACCCCUCACUGUGCAGAUGGCACGGAUGAAGGAGGCAAUUGUGAAACUUCAUGUGAGCAUAAUGGCCCUUGCCAGCACACUUGCCUUUCAGGACCAAACGAACCCAUUUGUGAAUGCGAGCCGGGCUACGACUCGUUAAACGAUGGCCGAAAUUGCAUCGACAUUGACGAAUGCAAAACUCAUUUUUCUUGCUCACAAUUCUGCAACAACACGGAUGGUGAUUAUGACUGUCUAUGCAUACCGGGAUACUUCCUGGAUCAGGACAAACACACCUGUAGAACGAUUAACGGCCGUCCACUAAUGAUAGCAGCAAGUGCGCAUCAAAUCGCAAUGUUGAUUAAUGACAACAUGAAUUCCAGCUAUCGCCAAUUCGAGUGGCACGACCCCGUCAAAGGCGUUGCAUUUCACGAUAAGUUGUCCACACUCUACUGGAUCACCAAUGCAGGUGUCAUACGAAGUAACAGUUUAGGUCAAGCUCUCGUCUAUAAGUUUACCAGCAUGGAACCCACUGGCUUAGCUUUAGAAUCCAUUACGGGUAACCUCUACGUUAGCGCUUCUUUAGAACUAAAUGGAGGGGCUCAGCAAGAACGUUCCAUCAUCAAAGUCGUGUCUCAUUCGCUGGAAUCGGAUGUCAACAUCGUUAAUACGCUAACGAAGAUUACGGAUCUUGCCAUCGACAGCGUUCGUGGCAUCUUGUUUUGGUCGGAUACAUAUGGAUCAUCUACUGGCCGAAUCAUUCGUUCAACUCUUGAUGGCAAAUCGACGCGCGAGCUGCGCGAUACCCAAAUCAUUUUCCCAGUUGCUCUUGCAUUGGAUCCCAUUACAUCACGCAUCUACUGGGCAGAUAGCAGACAACAAUCCAUAUUGAGCUGCACGUACAACGGAGAAGAUCAAUAUAAGCAUGUCGGUACAAAUGACAAGCCUUUGUCAGUUACAUUCUUCGAGAAUCGCCUAUCUUGGACCGUGUUGCAUCAAGACAUCAUCUACAGUCGACAGGUGGCAGGUGAACCGAUGGAAAAGGCUCUUCAAUUACCGGAAACUAAAGCUGUGGAACACUUGUUUACUACCCAUUCCAUACUGGAACCGGAAUAUCCGAAUCCAUGCGCAUCGUCUCCGUGCGGCAAUGGCUUGUGUGUAUUGAAGAAUUUUUCGAGAUUCUCUUGUUUCUGUCCAGGUGAUGAAAGUGUAAUAUCCAUUGCACCCUUUCGGUGUAGUAGCCGUUGUCCGCGUGAUUUUUUCCAUUGCCAUCCUAAUUCGGAGUGCUUGCCACGGAGCCUUGUGUGUAUCAACGAUGCAAACUGUGACAGUCUGUCAGACCGAAAACUCUGCGAGAAACUGAAGGACAGUUUGCAAUCAGGGGGGUCUGUCUUGACGGAUUCUCUUACUAGGGGAAUAUUGCAUUCACUGUCAGUCAUCUCGCUGCUCCAGUCAAACGGAACUGAUCGAUGGAUUCAAGACAUUACGAGAAAUGAAAACAACAGCCUUCCAUAUUUAGAGACAAGGAUCAUUUCUGGACCAUCUCCGAGCAAUCAAUCCAGAAGGAAAGUGGUUUAUUCGCGGCAAAUUGAAAUCCGUGACGAAGUUUAUGUUCCAGACGAGUCCGGUGCUGAUCAAGGAACGAUUCAAGCCAUCGAAUCGGCACUACAGGCUAUACUGGGCGGACCUGUUUACGUUCGAAGCUGUUUGUUCACGAAGAAAGGUCACUACAUCGAUCUGGCUACUAUGUUUGAUCGGCAGGGUAAUCCUGUUCCGAUAAACCAGGUGUGGGACGCGCGCAAUCAAACGCGUUUCGUAGAAGACAUUGAAGUUUCUGAUGGAAGUCAAAUGAUUUUAUGGAAAAUUUUCCGGCCGCAGGCAUACACAGCCGAGAGUAAAUUGAGGGCUGUCGAUCAAAUGGAGUUGCGAACUCUACAAAAAAUGGGAUAUCUUCUGAUAGAUGUCGAUCUUGCAAGUUGGAAUAGCUUAACAGAAUCGGAUAGGAUUACUUUUUUGAAAACGAAGUUGAGUUUUUGCGUUGUUGGCCUUCAUUAAUUUGCGGAAAGAGACCAUAUUCCGGGAAUUCUAGUACAAUUGUUUAUUAAAUAAA